AUGUCAGACCAGAACCCGGAGUCGACAAACUGCCAAGGGGAGCGUCCAAAAUGGCAGGAGGAAGGGUUCAGUUCCCAUCAAGAAUGGCAAGACUGGCGAAACGAAUAUCUGGCAACCGAUAAUGCCUACGAUACCCAGGCGGAGGACCCAUCCCCUGAUGACAGCGAUGAGGAUGAGGGCUUCGACGAGGAGUUCGUUAGCGAGCAAGACUCAGACGAGGACGAGGACGAGGACAACGAGGAAUCGGAAAGCGGUGAGCCUGGAAAACACGUCGAGCCCGAAGACGACAGCAGUCCCGAUCAUUCCGAGGCUGCAGACAACGGCGAGCCUGGAGUAGACGACACUUCAAAUGUCGACGAAACUGUGCUUACUUCUAUUUACGGCUUCGCGCACGAUAAGAACAAAGACUAUGCCCUCGUUGAGCAGUCAGCUCGUGGAGCCCUCAACGCUAUCACCAUAGCUCUUCAAGACAUCAUCAACAAGAGCCAGGCACGACAAGGUGAACCAGAGAGUCUUGCGAAAGAGAUCGAGAGCGCCUUUGCCACGACUUUGCCUACGUAUUUAAGCGUUCAGGCAGUGCUCCAAGGUGGACACCAAACUACCGGGCGGUCACCUCCUUUCAGCGCCAUUUCUUCGCAGCGUAAUCAACCUUUGAUCGGAACGUCUGCCGCCGUGUCUGUUCCACCCUCUCCGUCUCCGCCGCCACCGUCAACGACCAGCGGUCUCGUAUCCUCCGCCCCGCAAAGAAACGAAGUCGGCGCUUCCCAAGGAGACGAAGACGUCAACAGCGACAGUGAGGAGGAAGUGGAAGAGAUUACACCACCACAUCCCGACUAG